AUUCAAGUAUUAAUCAAGAUUCAUAUCCAUAUGGAUACAACUGAACUUAGAAACAAUAUUUAUUUAAUGAAAACGGAUCAUGAAUUUAUCAAUAAACCGAUAGCAAUAGCGAUCAUGGCUGUGAUAAAAGAUAAAAAUUGUUAUACUCUACGAGAUAUUACAUUAGAUAAUCCUUUAGAUUGUUAUGUAUUAAAAAAUAAUUCUGUUGAUAGUUUGAAUGGCCUUUCAAGUUUAAAUUUGCCUAACAUUUACAGGGAUCAUUAUGGCUUUAUCAUGGAUUCUGGAUUAUCACUUCGGAAUGGAAGUCAAUGUCAAUGUGGAAAUUACGCUAACUUAACACCAUCAUAUACUACGACAACUAACUCAAUUUGUAAUAUUACAUGUAUCAGUAAUUCAAGUUAUUAUUGUGGUGGGGAAGAAAGUUAUACGGUUUAUGAAACAAAAGAUGGAGUAUUAGGUCAUCCACUACCUACCAUAAGUAUUACUGAUAAAAUAGCGAUAAUUGAAAAUCAUAAUAAUGAUAACCAAUACCAACAAUGCAUUAAAAACAGUCCCUUUUGUAAUCAAAGAAUAUUGAAUGGUACAAAAUUAGAACUUGCAAUGGAACUCAAUUUAAGUUCAGAUGAAUACAGUAGUAGUUGUGCUGAUGAUAUUAAUCAGAUUUGUGGAGAUACUUUAGCUUUUAGCAUAUAUAGUACUUCUAACAAUAUUCCAUUACAAAUAAUUCUUCCUUGUGUUUUUGCUGGUGUUCUUUUAUUAGCAUUAAUAGCAGUAGCUGCUUGA